GCGUGCACACGUCACGGCGCCAAAGACCGUGCGUCUCGGGAGCGCGCUUUACGCGAGCAGUCAGUCAAACGUGCUGAUUUUGAAGGUCCGAAAUCAGAGCGAUAAACGGACCGGAUUUCCUUAGUCCAGCUCGCAGCCGGUCUUUGGCGGACCCGCGGCGGCAGUCCGGAGAUCACUGUGUUUGUCAUGACAGCGUUCUCUAUUAAUCAGCCUUCAUUUAUUUUGCAUUACAGUAGAGGAAGGAUCAUUUUUCAUACGCUGUCAGAUGGUCUAGAACCGAGGUUUUCAUUACGUGUGAAUAAAUCGUUCUGUCAGACUCCGUGCUGACGCGUCAGAACCAGACUCAAGCCACACGGGCACAAAUCAGCUGUUUUGGGAGAUAUUUGCACUGAAGCAGAGUUUCCUCCACACACGGUCGCCGCUGCAUGCUUUAGAUUAAACCCCCUCACAUCCGCUGACCACAGAAGGGUUUAGUAGUAGAUCACACACACACACACACACACAGAGUCUCAUGGCGAUGCAUCGGGGCGAGUGGUUCCCGCCGCGUGCCGUGAGCUGAGUCGAACCGCUCGUCGCCGCAGCAGGGCCCCGGGGCCGUCACUCUGUCGGAGCUGCAGCAGCCGGCGGCGCGGGAAGCCAUGGCCUCGUCUGUGCGCUUCACCGUCACGCCGACCAAAGCUGAGGACCUGCCGGACACGUCUCCAGACGUCAGCUCGCGCUCCAGCGGCAGGGUCCGCUUCGGCUCCAGGGAGAGCGUGAACCGCAGCGAGGCGUCCGCAGGGGUCACCACCUCAGCAGGGGCCGACACGCCGGACCGCAGUCACCUGGAGCACGGUGACGGCGGUGUGAAGCUGUCCAGCGUUUACAUCAAUAACUCUCACGCCAUUGAUGACGAUGAUUUCUACGACAGGAAUCUGGCUCUGUUUGAGGAGGAGAUGGACACUCGUCCCAAAGUGUCGUCUCUGCUCAAUCGUCUGGCGAAUUACACAAACCUCAUGCAGGGAGCUAAAGAGCACGAGGAGGCCGAGAGCAUCGGCGAGAAGCGCAAGAGCAGCAAGUCUCCUCAGAUGGGCACCUUCAUGGGCGUGUAUCUGCCGUGCCUGCAGAACAUCUUCGGCGUGAUUCUGUUCCUCAGACUGACGUGGGUCGUCGGUGGAAACGGCAUAAGUGUUGUUAUAUUGAGCGUCGCGUCUCUCUCCAUACAGACGCUGCUGACUGCGAUAUCUAUGAGUGCCAUCGCUACUAAUGGAGUCGUGCCAGCGGGCGGCUCGUACUUCAUGAUCUCCCGUUCGCUGGGGCCCGAGUUCGGCGGGGCCGUGGGCUCCUGUUUCUAUCUGGGCACCACCUUCGCCGGCUCCAUGUACAUCCUCGGGGCCAUCGAGAUCCUGCUGAUGUAUAUCGCUCCGAGUGCUGCCAUCUUCGUCUCGGACAAUCCUGACGGCGAGGCGGGGGCCAUGCUGAAUAACAUGCGCGUCUACGGCUCCAUCUUCCUAGUGCUGAUGUCUCUGCUGGUGUUCGUGGGAGUCAAAUACGUCAACAAGCUGGCGUCUGUGUUUCUGGCCUGUGUGAUCGUGUCCAUCCUGUCCAUCUACACCGGAGCGCUGGUGUCCGCCUUCAGCCCGCCGUCCUUCCCCGUGUGCAUGCUGGGAAACCGGAGUCUGGCUCAGCACGAGCUGAAGGACGGUCAGUGCAUGAAGACGCUGCAGGUGCUGCUCGAGCCGCCGCCGCCGCUGGAGGGCGCUAACGCCAGCGAGAGCUUCAACGGCACAGACGCUCCUCCCGUCACCGCCGCCGCCGCGCAGGAGAGAACCACGGACCUGUGGCGGCACUUCUGCAACAGCUCCGAGCUCAGCGCCGUGUGCGACGAGUACUUCCUGCACAACAACGUCACGCAGAUCCAGGGCAUCCCGGGACUCGCCAGCGGCGUGAUCGCAGACAACAUCUGGAGCUCGUACUCGGCUAAAGGAGACGUCCUGGAGCGCGGCUCGCAUCACUCCCCCCACAGAGACGCCGUGUCCAAUCACUUUCCUUACGUGUUCGCUGACAUCACCACCUCCUUCACGCUGCUGAUCGGGAUCUUCUUCCCCUCCGUGACCGGAAUCAUGGCGGGGUCGAACCGCUCUGGAGAUCUGAAGGACGCACAGCGCUCCAUUCCCAUCGGCACCAUCCUGGCCAUCCUCACCACCUCCCUCGUCUAUCUGAGCUGUGUGCUGCUGUUUGGAUCCUGUGUGGAGGGCGUCGUUCUCAGAGACAAGUUCGGAGACUCGGUGAAGGGGAAUCUGGUGGUCGGGACGCUCUCAUGGCCCUCCCCCUGGGUGAUCGUGAUUGGCUCGUUUUUCUCCACGUGUGGCGCCGGCCUCCAAUCGCUGACCGGAGCUCCUCGCCUGCUGCAGGCCAUCGCUAAAGACAACAUCAUCCCCUUCCUGAGGGUGUUCGGUCACGGUAAGGCUAACGGAGAGCCGACCUGGGCUCUUCUGCUGACGGCAGUUCUGGCGGAGCUGGGGAUCCUCAUCGCUUCACUGGACCUCGUCGCUCCCAUUCUCUCCAUGUUCUUCCUCAUGUGUUACCUGUUUGUGAAUCUGGCCUGUGCUCUGCAGACGCUGCUCAGGACGCCCAACUGGAGACCACGCUUCUCCUACUACCACUGGACACUGUCGUUUCUAGGCAUGACGAUCUGUCUGGCUCUCAUGUUCAUUUCCUCGUGGUACUACGCCAUCGUCGCCAUGGUGAUCGCUGGCAUGAUCUACAAGUACAUCGAGUACAACGGGGCGGAGAAGGAGUGGGGUGAUGGGAUCAGAGGUCUGUCUCUCAGUGCGGCUCGGUUCGCUCUGCUCCGGCUGGAGGAAGGACCACCGCACACCAAGAACUGGAGGCCUCAGCUGCUGGUGUUACUGAAGCUGGAUGAAGACGCUCACGUCAAAUCUCCGCGUCUGCUGACCUUCGCCUCUCAGCUCAAAGCAGGGAAGGGUCUGACCAUCGUGGGGACCGUCAUCCCGGGAAACUUCCUGCAGACCUACGGCGAGGCUCUGGCCGCCGAGCAGACGCUCAAGCAUCUGAUGGAGAAGGAGCGCGUGAAGGGCUUCGUCCAGUGCAUCGUCACACAGAAGCCGCGCGAGGGCAUCAGUCACAUGAUCCAGUCCAGCGGCUUGGGCGGCAUGCGGCACAACACUGUGGUCAUGGGCUGGCCGGACGCCUGGAGACAGAGCGAAGACCCGCAGAGCUGGAAGACCUUCAUCAACACGGUGCGCGUCACCACCACGGCUCACCUGGCUCUGCUGGUGCCCAAGAACAUCUCCCUGUUCCCCAGCAACACUGAGCCGUGCACAGACGGCUUCAUCGACGUGUGGUGGAUCGUCCACGACGGAGGGAUGCUGAUGCUGCUGCCCUUCCUGCUGCGGCAGCACAAGGUGUGGCGGAAGUGCUCCAUGCGGAUCUUCACCGUGGCUCAGAUGGAGGACAACUCCAUCCAGAUGAAGAAGGACCUGGCCACGUUCCUCUAUCACCUGCGCAUCGAUGCCUACGUGGAGGUCGUGGAGAUGCACGACAGUGACAUCAGCGCGUACACGUACGAGCGGACGCUGAUGAUGGAGCAGAGGUCACAGAUGCUGCGGCAGAUGCGUCUCUCCAAGUCUGACCGCGAGAAAGAGUCUGUCUGUGCGGUGCGUCUGCAGGCGCAGCUGGUCAAAGACAGGAACUCGAUGCUGCGUCUGACCAGCAUCGGCUCGGACGAGGACGAGGACACGGACGGCCCCGGCGCAGGAGACCGCAGCGCAGAGUACCGGCGCGUCCACAUGACCUGGACCAGAGACAAGGCCCUGCAGCUGCGGAGCAACACACAGACGCACACGGCCUCCGUCUGCAGCACACCCGAGGGCUUCAGAGACAUGCUCAACAUCCGCCCAGAUCAGUCCAAUGUGCGGCGGAUGCACACCGCCGUUAAACUCAACGAGGUGAUCGUCAACAAAUCCCAUGAUGCCCGGCUGGUCCUCCUCAACAUGCCCGGGCCGCCCAAGAACCCGGAAGGAGACGAGAACUAUAUGGAGUUCCUGGAGGUGCUGACCGAGGGUCUGGAGCGCGUCCUGCUGGUCCGAGGAGGAGGAAGUGAGGUCAUCACCAUCUACUCCUGAUAGCAGCGUCAGAGAGCGUGUUUGUGUUUAUGAUCAUCAUCGCCCGCGUCUCGUCUGCUCUCUGAGCUUAGAGUUUAGUUUGCGCUUCGACCAACAGCAGCGUGUGUGUGUGUGUGUGUGUGUGUGUGUGUGUGUGUGUGUGUGUGUGUGUGUGUGUGUGUGUGUGUGUGAGACCGAGCGGCACGCGGGACGAGGACAUGUUCCUCAGACUGACUCAGGGCUACAGCCACUCAUACUGGACCAAGUGUGUGGCUUUCAGAGACGUGUGUGUGUGUGUGUGUCGAGAGCCGUUCUGUUGAAGCUCGAACAGCAAGUGAAAGAACAUUUCAGCUAAAAAUGAACGUCUUAGCAGCAGUCCCUCACCCUCCAGUGGAUUUUUAGAGACGCCCGUUUCCUCCACAGACAGAAAAAAAAGGUAUAAGCACUUUUUAAUGUCAUAAUUUGAACUUUUCUCUCAAUUCUGAGUUAAUGUCUCACAAUUCUGAAGUCAGAACUGCCUAAACUCUGAAGAAGUCUGAAGUGUUAGAUAAAAAGUUGUAAUUGCAUUCAUUUUUUAUUUUUUUAUUCUGUGACUGUAGACAAAAAUUGUGCGAUGUAAACUCAGAAUUGUAAGGAAAAAAGUUCAGAAUUCUGAGUUUAUAUCUCACAUUUCAUUCUUUUUUUCAGAAUUGUGUUUAUAAAUCAUAAUUCUGUUGCAGAUAGGUCCAAAUUGGGAGAUGAAAAGUUGUUUGCACCUUUUUAAUAGGACUAUUUGGGGUUGGAAACAAAAACCAGAACUGCAAGAUUUAAAGUCAUAAAAAAAGAAAAGAAGUCACUUUCUCUGACAGAAUUGCGAUGUAAAUCAGAAGAACUGAGUUUACAUCUUGCAGAUCUUUUUUUCUCAAAAUUGUAAGAUUAGAAGUCUCAGUAACCUUUAUUUUAUUUCAUUGUAUUAUUUUAUUGGAAACAAGUUUCUGUCCAUUCCGUGGUUGGUGUGGUUGUGAGCUGAUGGAGGAACAUGACUGUUGUGUGUUUGUGCUUCUGCUCGUUCCUCAUUCGCUCUGCAUGGAGAAUCUGAACCCGAUCAGUGCUGUAGAAACAGCCCGACUUCAUCGUAGCAAUAUAUAUCUAUUCAUCAGCGUGUGGCGUCCUGUGAACCUGAAUGUUUUAAUGAACACACACACGUGUAAGUCCCUGAAUCCAGCUGUUUCUGCUGUGUUUGUGAGAGCCAGCGAGAGUCAACGUGACUUUUAUGGAUUUGUUUUUUGUUGUUUUGACUUUUUAUCAUCAGUUGCUUAUAUCUUUAUGUGCAGGGAUUGUGAAUUUGUUUUCUUGUCAUUUUUGAAAUCUCAAGUGUUAUCUGCUAUUUUUAUCACCUGAAAUAAUAAAAUGACAUUAAUACAUCUCUUUUAAAA